AAAAAAUACUUGUUUUAUCAAUAGUAUAAAACCCAAUAUUUUAUUCUAUCAUAGAUGGUUUUCUUAUCAUCUAUUCGACUAUAAAGUCUGAUUAUUUUCUUGAUUGUGCAAAAGAUGAUCUUUUAGCAAUUAAAGCUGAAAUAGCUGAAGCCCUUUCUGAACCUGGAAUUGAUUUCAUUGGCUAAGCGAGUACUUCUCCUUCCAAAAUAGUUAAUUUAGUGAUUAAAAAAGACACUAGAAUAGUGAUAAAUCCGACACCGAAAAAUAUUGAGACUCCCAAAUCUUCCAUAAUAACUCUAUAAAAAGGUAAUACAAUCGAAAAUAUAAUCGAAAUAAGAUUCGUAAGUGAAAAAGUCAACUAAUUAUACUAAGGCGGUAAAACACACUUGAGUAUACUAAUUAAAUUAGUAAAGGAAAUUCUAUUAGAUAAUUUAGUAGCCAAAAUAAUAAAUAACUAAGGAAAAAAAUCAUCUCUAGUUAUAAAAAAGACAAAAAUUAGAUUAUCCCAAUAACUGUAAAAUUCCAUCUAGCAACCUUAUAACAUUUAAAUCUAUUUACGAGAUAAAAGGCUAAAAAAGAUCCACAUAAAUCCAUAAAGACUGAAAUUAAUACAUUAUAUCGAAUAUCUCCUCCUAAAUUAUUAAAUGCAAUAAACGGACAGUAAAAACUACACUAAUUACAGACCCAACAGAUCAUAAAAAUAGCCCCAUUUUUCAAAUAAAGACUAUUAUUUUUAAUUUCCUGAAAUUUUUAUAUUAAAUCCAAAAGAAAAUUUCUUUAAAUUUCCUUUGCAUGUUCUUUUGGGCAAAUUUUCUCGUCUGGAUUUUCAAUGAAAUUUCUUAGUGAUGAAUUCUUACCGAAAGACUUUUUGGAAACCAAGGCGCUUAUUUUUCGGUAAUAUUCAUGGUCAUUAAAGUAGUAAAAUAAACCCGUGAAUAUUAAAACCGGAAUCCCGCAAAAAAUAGACAAUUGAUGUACCCAAUAUCCAUCUAUUUAUCCACAAUAAAUAAUAAAGCAUAAAGAUCCAAAUGGAAAUGCUACAUUUAAUAUUCCUACUGAUUUUUCUUUUAUUUCUGCUGUGUAGGUGUUAUUUAUAUAUGUAAAGACCUAAGAAUAUACAUAAGAACAAGCAAAAUUCCAUUAAAAAAUCAAAAACAUUACAUAAUAUAUGUUAUCGUGAAUAAAAAUUGUAGAAACUAAAAAAAUACCCUCCAUUAAAAAAACUGCAAACAAAACAUAAAAAAGUAAAUACUUUGGAUGUUCUUUAAAUACAGCUAAUAAAAAAGCAGUUAUUUAGCCAAAAAAACCUAAUGAAAGAAUAGAUGCUUCCAGUAUUUUUUUCUCACAAAUUAAACCAAAAUCCAUUGAUAUGCUUUAUACUCCGUGGGUGUUUAUAAAUUUGUAUUCGUAAUUAUUUAAACAUAAUUAGCUUUCACUACAAUCAGUCCAUUAGUUGUCUAUUAAGCAACUUAAUUAGGAUCUAUAAUAUAUAAAAGGAAUUGAAUUUGAAGGAACUUAUAGAAGAUUUAAAAUAG